AUGGUCCGCAAUUCUGUUGCUCGGUACUCUAUUGGUUCCCCGCGUGAGCUCGAUGGCGAGCAAGCUCACUGUGCAGUGAAGCGUAUCGAGGUGGAGACCUCAGACAUGCAGGGUCAGUCCAUUGACCCGCCGAAAAUGAACACGCACGUAUCCAUAACGGUACCAGAGGAGCAGCAGAGAGGGCCGCGCGCAUUGCUCGCACGCAUGCGUAACCGGAACUUGCACCGCCGAAUCGGCGAGCGCAUGAAGGAAAACCUGCUCCUGAUUCUGCUGCUAGGCUCGGUAAUUAUGGGUUGCUGUGUUGGGUUCGCUGUUCGAGCCAUCGCCGGCUCCAUGACCAAGCGGGAUGUGAUGUACCUCAUGUUUCCGGGCGAGAUGCUCAUGCGCAUGCUCAAGAUGCUGAUACUUCCGCUGGUGGUCUCCAGUCUAAUUGCCGGUAUCGCCGGACUCGACGCUGGUACGUGCGGGAAGAUGGGCCUGCGCACGAUCUGCUAUUUCGCCGUGACGACCGUGUGUGCCGUGAUUCUGGGCAUCAUCAUGACCUAUAUCAUGGGUCCCGGCACGAACUCCGACAAGAAGCACAUCCCCAGAUACGGCAAGGCCGCCCAAAUCAACGCCGUCGACACGUUCAUGGACCUUAUCAGGAACAUGUUCCCGGACAACCUGAUCAGCGCAGCGUAUCAAGGGUUCCGGUCGCAGGAGGUGCUCAUGAAGUAUAACAUCACGGAGACGCUGCGCGUGAACAGCACAGAACCAGAAGUGCUGUAUUACUCCUCCCUGGGCACGGUUUUCAACGUCACCGUGCACGUCUCCAAUGAGACCAUCAAUGAGACCAUGACCUCAAUCACGCGCAACGUGACGAGACAGGUGUGGGAGCCCGGAAGUGGCACGUCAGACUCCACGAAUAUACUGGGACUGGUCGUGUUCUCAGUGUUCAUGGGGGUCAUCCUGAGCCGCAUGAAAGCAAAGGGAAAACCAAUCGUCGACUUCUGCAACUGCCUCGCCGAGGCCUCCAUGAAAAUCUUCGUCAUCUUCAUAUGGUACUCCCCUAUCGGCAUCACGUUCCUGAUCGCGGCCAAGAUCGUUGAGAUGGAGGACUUUGGCGUCAUGAUCGGACAGGUGGGCGUCUACUUCAUCACCGUGCUGCUCGGUCUCUUGAUCCACGGCGCAUGCGUCCUACCUCUCAUCUACUUCGCGCUCACCAGACAGAACCCUUACAAGUUCAUGUACGGCAUCUCGCAGGCGCUCGCAACGGCGUUCGGUACUUCCUCCAGCUCUGCGACGAUGCCGGUGACGUUGCACUGUCUGGAAGUGAACAAUCACGUGGAUCCGCGUGUUAGCACAUUCGUGAUUCCCGUGGGCGCCACUAUCAACAUGGACGGCACGGCGCUGUAUGAGGCAGUGGCCGCACUCUUUAUCGCCAACGUCAACAAGUUCACCAUGAACUUCGGCGACAUCAUCACCAUCAGUAUCACGGCGACAGCGGCGUCCAUAGGAGCGGCCGGAGUGCCCCAGGCUGGCCUGGUUACUAUGGUUAUCGUGCUGUCCGCAGUGGGUCUUCCGGUGGACGACAUCACACUCAUUCUCGUGGUCGACUGGUUCCUGGACCGGUUCCGCACGCUCACUAACGUGCUUGGAGACUGCCUAGGGGCGGGCAUCGUGUAUCAUCUCUCCAAACACGAGUUGCCGCCCCUACCCGAGGGCGAGGUCGCGCCUCAAGUGGUCAUCGAGUGCCAUGGCUCUCCAGGGGCGCGCAAGGGUCCAAAUGGCGCAGAGGAAUGCCCGGAAAUAGCAAAUGUCUAACUUCACGUUCAUAAAAUAACUGUCUAUUCAAUUCAAUGUGUUGGUUAGUUCGUACAUUUCGAAUACAAAUGAGAAAUGAAACUGUUACAAGAGGCCGCUGUUGUGGACUGUCGUUCAGCCUCCAGCGUAUCGUCUCUGUGAUUAGGUUGUACAUUCGAAACUUUGGAACAGCUAUUUCACAGCUUUCUUCUUCAAAAGCAUCAAAGAUGUAUUCAUAUUUUGUGCACCAAAAAAUCGAGUAAAAAGCGACAGCACCACACACCAUCAUCAGUAUGGUGUUUCGUUGUUCAGUCGCAAUAAUAGGACACUUGAUUUUGAUUUACCACAUAAAUUGUGUGCGUUCAAUAAGAUCGAUAGACUUUAACAGUUUUCUCUCAACCCAACAUGGUGUGCAAUGAAAUCUUACCCAAAAACCAUACACAUAUAUUUGAUAGCCAGCUAGACGUUUGUUAAUGCACAUCAUACCAGUUGAUUGCAACAGAAACGAGACAGGACGCGUCCCAUGGGAUAUCGAUUAGACAGAAUGCACGUCGAAUGUUAACGAAGGAACUGUUUCCUAUUUAUUUCAAAUAUCGUUUUAAGUGUUUGUUUAUACAUGAUGUGUUUCUUGAUAUGUUGUGAGUUUUGUACCACAUUCCCAAUAGUGUUCAUAGUACGCACAAAAACGUUAGUCUCCGAAAGACGUCAUUUGGUCGUUCAUUUUAGUUUCAUUUAUAUUUAAAAUGGUUUCAUACUGUCUGUGUAUGUAGUCACGUAUUCUUAUCGAUGUAGCGCACGGGAACACAGCGGUUCUGUCAGGCGAGGAAGUGAAGGGACCACGGAGUGGUGGGUGUGGGUGGGUGUGGCAGGCCCAGUUGAAGAGCUCUAUCAUCCAAGGCCCGAAACACUUUAACUACCUUUUAUUUAUCAAUCCACAAGGUGUGUGACUGUGUUAUGUCUUCACUGUUGUGCAUUUAAAGGAUUACUAAUAUCAAUAGUACUUCCAAAUAGUUUAAUCUGAAUAUCUAAGGAUAUUUGUAAAUGACAGUCCAGAAGCCCAAUGUAGUAUCACGUGACUGUUAAUGUUUUCGUUGUAGAGCACUCGUAGUAACGCUGUGGUAAAAAGCACGUGACACUCGUAUAUCACAGUGGUACGGAAUAUGGCUCCGUUGGUCUUUGUAGGAUAAGGUACUACUUUAAAGUACCCCGGGUACUCUUAAGUAUAUAACAAUGAACCCCGGUUACGGAAAUACGCUUAAAGGCAUCCGUUAAUACUACGGGGUACAUUUAGUACAUGUUCCGUACGCCGGGUACUUUUUUGAGUAUACUUAAGAAUACCCGAGGUACUUUUAAGUGGUACCGCAGCCAACCAUGACCAUAAGAGACUGAAUGUGCUCUCGUCUGAUAUGUGUCCAUAGUUGUACAUCUGCAUGUUCG